UAUUGUUUCUGUUAACACUGCAGGUGUGGGCAAUAUCAAAUCAAACUGUGCACUUAUGGAGGCUUCAAUUCCAAGUUUUGAAAGCAUGGUAAGUUUACUUUAUAUAUUAUCAAUAUUAUAGAGUUGUUGCAUGUAUGCAAAUUUUAGUACAGCCAAUAUUAUGUGGCAUGAAGGAGAUGGAAACCAGUCAGACGUCCAACUUGGGGAUUCAUCAGGAGCUGGGACCAGAGAUCAGUCAAAAUCCCAUGGGAAAUCAUAUUAACCCAGAAAAGGAAACUAAUGAAACUCCAGGAUCUGAGGUUAACCAAGAGCUUGUGGAAAUAUGCCAGGGCGCAGUGGUGGAAACUGAUAUGAGCCAAGAAAAUCAAGCUGUUCCAGAGGCAGGCUUAGAGGUUAAUGAAGAGACUAUGGAAACAUGUCAGGAAACAGCUGCAGAAUCUGAUGUUAAUCCAGAGAAGCAAACUUCUGAUCCAGGUGUUAUUUACCGCUGCAGAAAAUGCCGGAGAAUGCUUGCAACACAAGAAUUUGUUGUUACCCAUGAAGUAGGUGCAGGUGGCAAAAGCUUCAGAGCAGGCAAACGGUCUAAUGUGCAUGAGGAUGAUGAGAAACCAGAAUGUCCAUGCAUCUUUGUGGAGCCCAUGAAGUGGAUGCAAACUGUGGAAGAAGGAUAUGUUGCGAACAAGCUCUUUUGCAUGGGAUGCAAAGCUCAUCUGGGACAGUUCAACUGGGCUGGUAUGCAGUGCAGCUGCAGAGCCUGGGUGAUUCCAGCAUUUUAGUUGAACAAAAGUAAGAUCGACCAAUGCUCAAUGUAACACCAGUGCAAUUAGGUGUAGUUUUGACCCCCUUAGCAGUGUCGUUACAACAUAUAUAUGUGACUAGGAAACAGUAUCAUGUAGACAUGUAUAGGCACUAUGGUCAUUUGGUCUGUUGUUUAGUCUGCUGCUACUGAUUGGCACGUGGGUUUCACCAAGCUGCAACAACUGAAACUGGGAAGCAUUAUGUGGGCUUUCAGUUUGCUGGUAUGUUUUGCCCUGCUACUUUAGAGCAACUCCAAUAGAUUAGCUAAAAAGGCUUAAUGUUGACCUGCAAGCAAUUCUCUAAAGUUUUUUAUAGAAUUUUUUUACCUCUGAAACUAUGAAUCUGAAUAAGCAGUCUGUAAAGUGAGGAAAUGGUAUUGCUAGCUGUUCAUACCAAAUAUAUGGUUUAAGUAGAAUUGCUUGCAGGUAACAUACUGCUAUACUGCUAUCAGUACCUUACUGCUAUCAGUACCACUCUCAUAGUGUCCACUUGGGCUCACUUUAUUUGCUUGCACAUUGUAUACGCUUAAUAUUUCUUUAUUGUCUGUCUAAACUGUAGCAGGCCAGCAUUUCUGUUUAGUUGUGUUGUAAUACUUAAUCAAAGACAAAUGAGUUUGGUAAAAGUUCUAGCAAAAUUC